AUGGCUCGUACAAAGCAAACAGCACGUAAAUCCACCGGCGGCAAGGCUCCAAGGAAGCAGCUCGCCACCAAGGCUGCACGCAAAUCAGCACCGACAACAGGAGGCGUGAAGAAGCCACACAGAUACAGACCUGGAACCGUUGCACUUCGUGAAAUCCGAAAGUAUCAGAAGAGUACUGAGCUUCUCAUCAGAAAACUCCCAUUCCAGAGACUUGUUCGUGAAAUUGCUCAGGAUUUCAAGACUGAUUUACGAUUCCAGAGCCAUGCUGUUUUGGCUUUGCAAGAGGCUGCUGAAGCUUACCUUGUUGGAUUAUUUGAGGAUACUAAUCUUUGCGCUAUCCAUGCCAAGCGUGUUACCAUCAUGCCUAAGGAUAUCCAGCUCGCCAGGAGGAUUCGUGGUGAGAGGGCUUAG